AGUUUCUGAGCCUUUGCAUUAUACUGAAUCUGUCCUACACAUGUGCAGUGUUAUCUGCAAAAUCCCUCAUCUCAGUGGAGUCAGAAAAGGCAUCUUAACCAUGGCUCUCUGCUGCAGUUCUUGCUAUGGUGAAACUGUGCAUAUAGCAGGCUGGUGGUGUGCAUGUCAUCCAAGUGAAAGACUAGAUGGAAAAUAUUGUGUUGUUAUUCAGAUGUGUGAUUUGGUCUUGUGAUGCUCUGCAAUGCUCUUUCCAUCUUUUUUUUUUUUUCCAUCACUGUAAUUUUAGGGGUCUGACCUUUACUGGCUGUACCUGUAAGCAGAAUGUUUCAGCGUAUAUAUAAUGCAGCACUUCCUUGUUAAGUGACAAACAAGGGCUUCUUGCCAAUGGCCUGUUAGAUGUUCCUAAUCCUAACUGAUUUUAUUUUUUUCUGUUGAGUAGUUUUGGUAGCAGUAGAUGAAAAACAGUCAUGUUGUUCCUUUUUGGCAGUGUGUGGCUUCCCACUUGCUUGUGAGAGCAGGAUGAGCAAAGAGCAGCCAGCCUGACCAGCUGUCCCAGCACUCAGUCAGUGCUUUGCUUUAGGUAAUGGAUUUGAAUGAAGAUACUGAGGCCAAGGUAAAAGAUUUCAAGUUCCAAAUGAUGAGCUUGCAAGUAUGACAACCAAGUUUUUGUUUUCUUAGUAUGUAGAAAUAGUAGAUGAAUGUAUUUCAGAUCCUCUUUGGGGAUACAAGGCAAUAUUUCCCUGCUAGUAACACAUCGUUGAGUCUACACUGUUCAUAUUCUGGAGGAAAGUUAAAAACCUGGUUUCUUCUGGGAAGAUGAGACACUGAAGAUCAGGAGAUGGUGUGGAAGUCGAGAGUAUAAGUGGGGUGUGCUUAAAUGGGAGGGAUACAGCAUGUCUUGCAGUUCAGCCAUGUACCAUCUUUCCAAAUUGAAGUUUUUUGAGAAGAAAGCUGCUACUUCCAGUGUCUGCAUAAGCAUAUGCCUUUUCCUUGGUGAGAAAGGAGAAUAUUGACCAGCAGGCUAAGUCUGGCAGUGGUGCUCAUUCUACCUGGAAGAAAACUGAGCUCUUAGUUGAAUUUUCACAUUCAUUAGGAGUUUACAAAAAGGCUGAAGGUGGGGCGAUGGGUUCUGCAAACUUAAAUGGCAGGCAGCAGCGAUAACAAGCAAGACUGUUGUUAAAUAGUUAAUAAGAGAUGGCUGAACUUCUGAUGGAAAUGAUCAGGCAGAGCAAGAGAAGUUCUCUGCAUCCUGACCCAGUGACUCCUUGCUGUUCCUAUGGCAACUAAUACAUUUUUCCAGUUUCAGCAAAGUUUUUGGAACCGAAGAGGACUUGUUGAUUUUACGGCUUUAAAAUAAAUUUAAAAGGCAGAGCGGAGCAGCUGGAGAAGAAAACAUAAACUAGGAGAACGUGGAUGUGAAUUCCUAGAGAUCUUGGUGUAUUUUUGUUCCCGUAAGAUCUUUUUAAAAGCAUCUGAAGUACUGUGCAUGUUAAGAAGCCUGUCAGUUAAAGCAUACGUUUAAAUGUGAAAGUUAAUCAUCUGAACAGAUCCACCUGAAUCCUUUUCAUGUAACCUAACAUGAAAAUUACCUAUUGCUACAGGGAGAGUGCUGAAAGGGAUGAAGUGUGGAGGAAGAGGUUUUUGGUGUGGUACAGAGAAGCAAAGUAGGGCUGUAGCUCAUGGGAUGGAUGUGGCUUUUUGUCUGUGGCCGUAGAGGAGCUGGAAUCUCUGCUGGCCACUGCACAAGGUAGGGCCUUCUCUGCUCCUUUUGUGGGGCAAAACUGUGGGAGACUAGAAGAGCGUUCUGGAGAAACACUGCUACAGCUUUCCUCUGUUCAUGCUCUUCUUGCAAAUGUACCUGUGCCUGACUGCUAGGAGCAGCAUGUUGGAAGGACCCCAAGCGUUAACUUUCCUAUGUGUGAUAGCAAAGCUGCUGUGCAGUUGCUGUACGUGCUGUGGUUAAAUUUGAAAUAGAAAGUUGAUGAUCUCUCAUCAGGUCAGGACCCCUGAAAAGGCAUUUGUGAAGGCUAAACUACAUGGCACUGAGACCACUGCAGAAAAGUGCUUCUGAAGCAGGUUUUAGCCUGUUCCCCUGGGAAGGCCAUGGCCAGGGUCUGGGAAUACUCCUGAAUGUGAGUCAUUUCUCACAAAGCAUAAACAAUCUAUUGUAAGCCUGCUUUAUCAGUGUUCUCGAGAACAGUUUCUUCAGCUGCUGCUGUUCCUGAGAUACAUUUAUGACUGCAGGUCUUACACUGUGCCAGAGGCUUCUUUGUAGAGUGAAGAAAGUCCUUUACAUACAAGCAUACUGAACCUGGUUGCUUACCUUGAUGGAUCAAAUCAUUCUUCAGCCACACUAUUACUUCUAGAGAGAAAGGAAGCAAACUUCUGGAAUUCUGAUCUGGUGAUUAGCACUUGUUGUCUGUGAUACAAAUUAAGAGUCCCAUUCGGGUACCAGGGCUGUGUUUUGCUGUGCAUUGUACAAAUGUGGAAAAAAAAGACUGUCCUCACCUUGGACCUUAUGCAAGUAUCCAGCAAGGAAAUCAAUGCUUCCAAGAGAGGUCUGUAAGGAAACAAAGGAUGAUACUGAUGAGGCAGAUAAACUGAUCUCAGCAUUGUUUUGCAGUUUGUACUUCCCAUCUGUGGGUAAACAUGGGAGGGAGGGAAGCACAGGUAAUUGAUGGACUUGAAGCUAACGCCAGGGUAGUUGGCACCAAAAGUUUAGAGCUUCAGUGAGUGGGAGACAACAGGAAUGUUGGCAAGUCCAUGGAAAAUCUUGAUAUUUUUUUUCUGUCUUUUAAGUGACUUGCUCAUUACAUAGAAAGAUGUCAUCAGAAAAACACAACAAGGUGUAUUGAGAAUCAAAAAAGACAACAGGAAAAUAGGGUUUCCUGUGAGGCACCAGCCAGGCGUACCUUCCUCUUCAGGUUGGCUGCUGGUGAGGCGUAAUCUUUUCUGUCCUCUGCACACUUGUUUCCAGUGGUGGGUCCCAUGGGGAGGGUGGGCCCUGCUGGUGCUGCCUGGAGCAGGAGCUGUGCUGGCACUGGGGCUGCUCCCACACGCUGUGCCCAGCCAGAGCCUGGGCUUCCAGCUUUGUCCUCUCAUACUGCACAGAGCUCCUGUCUGAGGAGCUCCAGGGUUCGUGCACUGCUGUCAAAUCCAUGCACUGGAGAUGCAGGCUGGUGUGGCAAGAUCCAGGGAGAGCCCUUUCUGCACAUCAGGGAAAGGGUGAUGGUUGGUUGUGAAAUCCACCCGUGUGAAGCACUUCAUUCUUUCUCUUUUUUAAAAAGCAUCCUCUCCAAACAACAAAGCUGUGUGUUGUGGUUGCUUGAAAAUAAUGAAACAUAUUUUCUUUAUAGAUUUGUAUCAGAAAAUCUCCAUGUGAUCUCCUGGUGAAAGAAAAGUGGCUGUUGCAUACUUGGGGUUGGUGUUGCUUAUGGGACUUCUUUGGUCUGACGCUCAGCUGGAGCAUCUGCAGGCAUUUGUGUCGGAUGAAGCGAUGGGUGGGCAGAGCCUUCAUGUUGCUUAUGUGCAGUUGACAGUGACUCUCCAGCAUUUCUGAACUGAAGACAACGUGGGGCAAUUUCCCCUAAAAGUAAAGAAAGUAAUUUUGGCAUCUUCUGUUUGAAGUUUAAUUGAAUACUUAAUUCAUGUGUUAGUGUAUUUUCUGCUGGUUUCAAACUCAACACUUUUUCCCCAUUGUGUACUGUUGAUUAAAUAUAAUUUAUAAGUCAUCGAGGAGAAUCUAGGUUUGCUUUUAUUUCUUCAUCACUCUUUGCUUCUGUGAAUUGUUUUGCACAAAAUACAGAAGAGCUGCUGGAGGAUCUUGGGCCUCAACUGGAUAAAAACAUUUAUUCUCCAUACACUGCUUGCUUUGCUAUUUUUAGCACGCUGUUUUCCUUUCCUUGUGAUUCAUUGCUCUGUGCCUUGGCUUGCAGGUCACCUGGCUUUGGAUGUGCAGAGCAGGGCCGGAUCUCCGCUGGCACAACAGUGCUGCGACCCGAGGUGCUGGGUGCUGCUGUGCUGUGGAAGGGGUGGGGAAGGCUGAGCCCUGUGCCUGAGAUUCUCUGGAAAGUAUGUUCUAAGAAUAGGCGGUGCGGGGCGUUACAGACCCACGUGCGGCGGGGAGCAGGGCUGGGCUAUGGGUGAUGUGAGGUCAGAGCCCACGGGGCCGGCCGGCCCCUGCCUUGCCUCUGCCCUCGUGGAGGGACGGCUGUUUUGGACGGAUGUGCUGUGAGUGCAGCGCUGCUAUUCUUGCUCUAGCGGUGUUAAUUUUAGCUUUCAGAUGAGUGUCUGGGACUGUCAGAAGGCUGUUCUGCCCUGUGGGAUCUGGGUGGUGCUCCUGGGAACCAGCCCUCAGGCCACAGUGUGCUGCCUGAACAGGGGGCAGAGGGUCAGCAGGCGUGCGUGUUUGUAAGGCAAACAGUUGGUGAGAUAGCAGCGCUCAUGUGGGUUCUGUUCCUAAAAGGAUACUUUCCAAGGAAUGUAUGUGUGGAAAGCCUGACUGUGCUGGGAGCAUCUCUUGUGCUGGUGGUAACACCAGAGCUGUAGCAGCGACCCGUUUGGGUGAGGAUCAGAACUCGUGCCCCUGAAGAGCUGACAUACUAAUCAUGCACAUGGGAGGACUCAGCUUGUAAUAGCAUUUUAAUAGAGCUGACUGCUUUAGCCAGAAAAUUGGACCAGGUCAUCAGUGUUGUUUUUUUUUUUCUCCCCAAAAUAACUAAUUUCUCUCAUCCUCCCCAUCCCACAUCCUUUUCUGGCUCAUAGGUUUGCUUUUUGAUGCGUGCCUCAGUAAAGCUGAGAAGUUGCUGUAUUUAUUAAAAACACGUACUGAUAGGUAACUUUGAGAGAAGUUCAUCAUGCAAGAGGUCCCUCGGUACUCUUGGGAAACUGUUCCCAUAUCUUUGCUUUGUGGGCCGAGUGUUGGGUGCUGGUUUCCCAUCACGCGUGGCUCACUGUUCAGAGGGAUUCCCCUGGCUCUUGCAGCUGUGGCAUCCCUGUUGAUUCCACCCAAAGUGAGUCAGCGUUGGGUGUUUGGAUUUCACGUUGCAUUUUCCAAAUUUGCUCUGGUUUAUUUUCGAGAGUCCUGGCUAUGAUCUGAAGCACAUGUCACGUGUUGUAACGGUUCUUUUCCUUGCAGUAACCUUAGGGAACAAAAACACCAGCUUGUGUCUGUGGUGCUUUUGUCUGUGUUGCAAUACCAGGUGUUUAUGAAACAAAGUGGGACCUGUGCUCGCACACCGUGCAGCUGGCAUUCACUGAGGACUUCUGCGUGCUCCCACUCCAGGUCUGUUCAGUUCCUUAAUGACUCUUCAGAAUCACUUGCUCGGUCUUUGAGAACUGAAGGCUCUUUACAUUCCUCCUCAAAAAAGAAAUGCUAUUUUAUCCGUGUUAGCAGUGAAACAAGCACAAGAACACUUGAAAUUACGUUGUCAAAGUUUCUAAGUACUGUAAUUAUCUAAGGUGAUGAGAUAAAGUCUGAAAUACCUCAAAGACACUAACAUUUAGUGUUUGUGGGAAACCUUGACUUAAAACAAAAGAGGCUUUUUUUGGCACGUCUGUAUUGCUGUGCAUGCUGUUCCCAACUACACUGACAUAUAUUGUAAAGAUGUAAAGGGACAGAACAAUGAACUGCAGAGGAACUCAGGCAGCAUGGGAUACAAACGUGUGGUUUAAGUAGAGGGCUGCUCUGGCAGCUCUUAUAAGCACUAAAAUACCUACUGUAGGGUUUUAAGCAACACUCCACAGUUGUUUUUUUUUUUUUUUUAAGGCACAUCUGAGACUGAUUUAUUAUCACAAAUUGUUGCUUUACAUCUUCAGACCAAUUCUGUGUAAAAUAUUGCAGAAGUCUGCAAAUAGUUGAAUCAUUGUCAAGCUCGAUUGUUAAACAAAUUAAAGAGGAAACUUAUGUCUGCGGUGCUGAACUGUAUUGUGUUUAAGGUCUCACAUAAAAUUUCUGGCAUCCAUUUUUAUUUAUAUAUUAUAAAAAUUCAGUCACAGCCAGAUCUUAAUGCAGAGCUGCUGCCGACCUGUUUAAUGGAGGGAUGCGGUGGCGUCCAACUGGAGUCAGACCUCCCAGUACUGAACUGCUGCAACUGCUAUAUGGUGUUUCGCCUGCACGAAGAGAUACUUUAGAUGAAUACUUCGAGUAUGAAGCUGAGGAGUUCCUGGUCUCCUUGGCCUUGCUGAUCACCGAGGGUCGGACGCCUGAACACUCGAUAAAGGGCAGAACAGAGGGCUUCCAUUGUCCUCCAGCGCAGUCCAGUCAGCCACCAACAACUAAGCAUGAAUGCAGCGACAAGCUGGCUCAGUGUCGUCAAGCCAGGCGAACCAGAUCUGAGGUUAUGCUACUGUGGAAAAACAAUAUUCCAAUCAUGGUUGAAGUGAUGUUACUUCCAGACUGUUGCUAUAGUGAUGAAGGGCCUAACACAGAGGGGAAUGAUUUAAAUGAUCCUGCAAUCAAACAAGAUGCAUUGUUGUUAGAAAGGUGGAUUUUGGAACCAGUUCCUCGACAAAGUGGAGAUCGAUUCAUUGAAGAGAAGACACUUUUAUUGGCUGUUCGCUCUUUUGUUUUCUUCUCCCAGCUGAGCGCAUGGCUGAGUGUUUCACACGGUGCUGUUCCCCGUAACAUUCUGUACAGGGUGAGCGCUGCAGACGUGGACCUGCAGUGGACGUUCUCCCAGACACCGACAGAGCACGUCUUUCCUGUUCCUAAUGUUUCUCACAAUGUGGCCUUGAAAGUCAGUGUCCAGUCCCUACCCAGACAAUCGAAUUACCCAGUUUUGACCUGUAGUAUUCACACCAACCUUAGCUAUUAUGAAAAGCAAAUGAAAGAGCGUAAGUUACAUCAGCACAGUGAAUCCAGUACAGCAGAGCUGUGCAGUACCUCCAGUCCGCAGCGUGUCUGUGGGAAACAAGCAUGGACAGUGAUACCCGAAGGCCUACUUAAUGUAAGAAAGACACCUGAAUUCACUUCAUCUAUCAGAAAUUUAAAGCUUUAUCCAUCUACUGGUCUUGGAUCUGAUUUUGCAGCAUCGCAGUCUAAAGUUCAGUGCUACAAUGCUGCAGCAGACAGUAAGACACAAUCUCACGAAACAGCUGUUCGAACUUUUAAAUCCCUUUCUUUGGUUGAUUCCCGUGUUUCGAAUGGUCAUUGCUCUCAUCAGUCCACAGGAGAAACCAAUCCUUUGAUAGGUUCCUUACUUCAGGAGCGACAAGAAGUCAUUGCAAGAAUUGCUCAGCACUUGAUUCACUGUGAUCCAGCUACUUCCCCAGUUGUUGCUGGACGUCCCUUCAACAUACAUGAAACCAGCACAGCUACACCAAAAGCUUAUCGGAGUAAUUACGAAGAUGAAAACUUGCUGAGGAAAGGCAAGGAAACCUCAUCUGUCCCUACUGUCAAUUUAGAUCAUGCAAUACAAGAUGAUGGUGGCGAAGGCAAAACUAGAGCAAUACCAGAAAUCCCACGGCUCGAUCCCCGUGCUCCAGCGAACCACUGUGGCCGUCCAUCUGCAGGAGAAGGUAACCCUCUCAUUGACUCUCUGCUCCAGGAGCGGCGGGAGGUUAUAGCAAGGAUUGCCCAGCACUUGAUUCAUUGUGAUCCAGCUACUUCUCAUGUCAAUGGUCGUCCGUUCAAAGUACAUGAGAAUGGCCCGGUUUCAUCAAAAAUUUUCCGAAGUACAUAUGAAGAUGAAAAUUUGCUGAAGAAAGUCAAGCAACCAUCUUCUGUUUCUUUUGCUAAAUCUAGUUUUUCUUUGCUAGAAGACAGUGGUAAAUCAAAGUUGAAAACACCUGAUACUCCUAUCAGUCCUAGGUUUGAUGGUGAGUCGAAGGCUUCUCUGAAACUUCAAGCAAGAAGAAAAUUGGUGUUAGCAAAGCCUAGUGAUGCUGUCCAACAUGCAUUUCAUCAGACUUCAAAUAAGACUUCUCACUCAUUUACUAACACGCGCACGUCAUCACUGUGUGUUAAAGAAAAUAAAUCCGAAUUGCCGGAUAAGUUGGAAAUGAUGCAGUCUGAUUAUGUGCAGAAAGACCAGAUAACCAAUAGAAUUAAACAGUGUUCAAAUUUUAGCAGCAUCGAUGAACAGAUUUGCACAAAUAAACUUAAAGAAAGAACGGUUGUUAGUGAGAGUAACAACACGGGCACUUUUAGCAGUUUGCAGAUAGAUAAAUGCAGAAUACUUGAAGGUACAAAAAAAGCAACUGUGAUGCAGGCAUCUGACUCUUUGCACAAGAAUGAACUCAAAUGUUCAGAUAAAGACUCAAAAAAGCCAAGUAUUUAUGAGCAAAAUACCCAGCUUAUUAGUAUUGAAAAUUAUUUAAAUAAAGACCACGACAAUUUCAAAAAUAAAAACAGACAAGAUAAAACGAAAGCUGCACAUGAUGAGAAUGAAGAGCCAGUAGGCCUUGAUUUCCAAAGCACUUCUCAGAAGAAACCUACAGAAGAUGGCUCCAUUAGGUGUGAACGGCUGAAGAACCCAGAGGUGCAGAAAGCACCAUCUCUAAAACACACAAAUAUAUGGCGGAAACACAAUUUUCGGUCCUUGGAUGGAACUUCAACCAAGGCUUUUCAUCCCCGAACUGGAUUGCCUCUGCUUUCAAGUCCUGUUCCUCAGAGGAAAACACAGUCUGGGUGCUUUGAUCUGGAUUCGUCACUACUGCAGCUGAAAUGUUUGUCAGCAAGAAGCCCACAGCAAUGUAUAAACAGAGAGAGUGAUCCAGAGAGCCAUGGAAAACCAUUUCUAAGUUCUAGUGCUCCACCAGUAACAAGUCUUAGCCUUCUGGGAAACUUUGAGGAGUCCGUCUUGAACUUUCGCUUAGACCCGCUAGGCAUCGUCGAGGGCUUCACAGCAGAAGUGGGAGCCAGUGGAGUCUUCUGUCCCACUCACAUGACCCUGCCAGUUGAAGUGUCAUUCUACAGCGUUUCAGAUGAUAACGCACCCUCUCCUUACAUGGGUGUAAUUACUUUAGAGUCCCUUGGUAAAAGGGGUUAUCGGGUACCGCCUUCAGGAACGAUACAAGUGACCUUAUUUAACCCUAACAAAACUGUGGUGAAGAUGUUUGUGGUGAUCUACGACUUAAGAGAGAUGCCAGCUAAUCAUCAGACAUUCCUACGGCAAAGAACUUUCUCUGUUCCUGUGAGACGAGAAGUCAAGCGGACUGUCAGUAAGGAAAACAGCCAACAGACUGAAGAAAGGCUGCUACGCUACCUCAUCCAUCUGAGGUUCCAGAGUUCUAAAUCUGGAAAGAUCUACCUCCACCGAGACGUUAGGCUCCUGUUCUCUCGGAAGUCCAUGGAAGUUGAUAGCGGCGCUGCAUACGAACUCAAAUCUUACACUGAAUCUCCAACAAACCCUCAGUUUUCCCCAAGAUGUUAGCAGACAGUGGCAAACUGAAGUAUUCGUUUUACUGUUGAUUGCUCCGUGCAAGAGAAAAUUGGUAAAGCUGUAUAAAAUUAAAUCUGAAAAGCAAUGAGGAUAGUGCUGGAGAGAGAAGGUUCUUGUGUGAUCCCGGACCAGUUUUGUGACAGGUUUCUGGAAUGAGCUUUGUGUAUUCCAUGUAGACUGGAAGCGUACUUCUAAUCUUUUUGUACUGUUUAAAACCACUUCAUUGGAUGUGUUGCAAUAGCAAUUUCCUAAGUUAGCUUAGUGUUUACACUUUUUAUUUUAUUUUUCAGUUAUUUAAUAUUUAAUGUUUCAUUUAAUACUCAAGUGAUGUUUGUCUUUAGUGUUCUAAUGUAGCAUAAAUCCUAUGUAAAAUCAUACUAUGUAUUUUUGGCAUUAAUAUUGAAUCUGAAAUAUAUACAGAUGUCUUUAA